AAGGUGAAAACGCCCUUCGCUGGAUAUACCCGCUCGCUUGUUUUGGGAAUUACUGCUUUAUAAGAUCAACUAAAGGAGAUAUCCUGUGCUGUCACACAUCAACUUAACCCUAUACACACUGGGUGGAAAAUGUUGCCGUCCCGGCAUUUGGUGAUUGGGACCUUGAUUGUGCUUGUGGUGUUUAUCGUGGGAAUUUGCGUGCAGUACCCAAAGCUGAUUUACGAAACCUUUUCUUUGAAACAUGAGCAACACCCUGAAAUAAUUUCGACACAUGAAUUAAUUGAGAAAACUAUUGAGCUGAAUUAUUGUCAGAGGCAACUGGGAAUAAAGAGAAGCAAUGUUGGAAGGACAGCAGCACUACAAAUACUAACCCCCUGGCUCGCUCCGAUCAUCUGGGAUGGAACAUACGAUAUUGAUUUAUUAAACACGCAGUACAAGGACAAAACCAUUGGAUUAUUUGUGUUUGCAGUAAAAAAAUAUAUUCGGUUCCUCGGGCCUUUCCUGAAAUCUGCUGAACGUUACUUCAUGGUUGGUCACAAAGUGAGGUAUUACGUAUUUACUGACAAGGUUGCAGAAGUCAAGUGGCCCAAAAUGGCUGAAAAUCGCAUUUUGGUACUGCGGGAAGUUACUGCAGACCAACGCUGGCAGGAUGUGUCCAUGAGACGCAUGCAAGUGCUCACCAACUUGACCCGUGGAGAGCUGCAAACUGACGUUGAUUACUUGGUGUGUGCUGAUGUCGAUAUGGUGUUUGCUGACCAUGUUGGGGUCGAAAUACUUGGUGAGCGAGUGGCAACAAUACACCCGGGAUACUUCCUUAAACAACCUCUAUCAUUUUCAUAUGAGCGCCGACCUAUAUCUAAUGCCUACAUACCAUAUGGGGACGGAGACUUCUAUUACAUGGCAGCUUUCUAUGGUGGAACUGUUGAUGAAAUUUAUAAGCUUAGCACAGCAUGCCAAGAAGGCAUAGUAUCGGACAAGAAAAAGGAUAUUGAAGCUGUGUGGCAGGAAGAAUCUCACCUUAAUAAGUACUUGGUGUAUAAUAAACCCACUAAGGUACUUUCCCCAGAAUAUAUUUGGGAUACCGACCUACCUAACGGGAACUUGGUACAGAAGAAGCGCUUUCUUGCAGUACAUAAAAACCAUGAAGAAGUACGGAAUAGGAGAGAUUUGACAGAUAUAAACUGAGCAAAUGGUGCAUUUUGACUCUAAAUGAUUCCCAAACUUUUAACUGAAAAAUAUUUCUGAAAAAUGGAAAUUUUAGUUUGUAAUCUUUACAUUUUACCAUAACUGCAUUGCUGCAUGACAUACCGUUAUUUCAUGGAUGCUUAACAUGGAGUGGCACAGGGUGAGAUUUUCACAGAAUUAAUUACUUUUAGCAAAAUGUAGAAAAGUCUGAAAUAUUAAACUGGAAUUAUCCACUGUGCCAAGCAAUUUUCGAAUCGAUGCCAGGAGCAGGUAUUGCACGGACAAUGAGUAUGAUAUUUGAUGGUUUUUUGAUGGUAUGGUGUUUUUUUUUUUAAUUUGUUUAUUUUAGCACAAUUGUGGCAUAUAAGAAAACAAUGAACUGGUUUAAACUGGCUUUUUUAUAAAUAUGUAAAUAAAUAAAAUCAAUGAUGUGAAAGGUUUAGUCUUUAA